CCCCCCCCCGUCUCCGCAGCGGGAAGACGCGCUUCCGGCCCCGCCCCUUUCUUCGAACCCCCCCCUCCCCGCGCCGGGAGAUGUGAUGAGGGGCCCAGAGCGGUUCCUGAGGAGGCUGCCCCCCUCUCCGUCCUGGAUGUGGCCGGUGGAUCCGGGGCCCUACAGCUGACACAGUGACAAAAUCUGCCGAGCCUGGAGGUGGGGUAGGUGUGUAACCCACAGGAAGGAGACAUGGAGAGAGCGGCCGAGACGUUUGUGAACCGCAACGAGGAAGACGAGAUGGAAAUCUCCGGCUACAGGCCCUGCUGCUGGAAAGUGGCGCUGGUCUCGCUGGGCACGGUCUGCAGCGGAGGGUUCCUCCUCCUCUUCCUCUACUGGCUGCCGGAGCUGAGCGUGAAGUGGACCUGCCAGGCUGUGCCGCUGCAGGAUGCCCGGGUGGUGCUGCUGCGGACCACGGAUGAGUUCCGGACGUGGUCCCGAGUGCGGGUGCGCUCUCUCUUUGCUCCCGGCUCCCAGCCCUUGGGCUUCCCACAGCUGCCGUCGGAGAGCAAGAGGCCCCUGUGGCAGGCCAGCCAGCUGGAGGACUGGGAGGGCCAGGCGGGGCUUCUCUCCCCACCAGCCAGUGGAGAGCAGACAGAGAUCCGCUUCUUUGUCCACCAUCACGUGCGCUACCUCUGGAGUGCCGAGUCCCAGUCCUUCCGGCGGCUCACGGCCCUGGACCUCGGGCUGCCGUGUGCCUCCCUGCACACCCUUCACGGGACAGGCCUCCCGCGCAGCACCCAGGACUACAGGAGGCUUUUUUACGGAGCCAACCAAAUUGACGUGGAAGUGCCUUCCAUCCCCAAACUCCUCAUCAAGGAAGUGCUGAACCCCUUCUACAUUUUCCAAGCCUUCAGCAUGGUGCUGUGGUCCCUUGACGAUUACUACUUGUACGCCUCGGCCAUCCUCUUCAUGUCUCUGGUGUCCAUUAGCUGCUCCCUCUACACCCUGCGGAAGCAAUACGUCCUCCUGCAUGACAUGGUGGCUGCACACAACGUUGUCCGCGUGACGGUGUACCGGGGCCCCCAUGAGCUGGAGGAGAUCUUCUCCACGGAGCUGGUGCCGGGGGACGUGCUGCUGGUGCCUCCGGGAGGGCUGCCGCUGCCGUGCGACGCGGUGCUGCUGACUGGCACGGCCAUCGUCAACGAGAGCAUGCUGACCGGGGAGAGCGUCCCUGUCACCAAGACGGCUCUGCCCAACCCAACCCAAGGCGCCAACGGGCUGCUCCAGGAUCCGGUGUACAGCCCAGAAGAGUACAAGCGGCACACGCUCUUUUGUGGCACCUGCGUCAUCCAGACGCGGUACUAUUCCGGGGAAGCCGUGCGGGCACUGGUCAUUCGGACAGGUUUCUCCACUUCCAAGGGGCAGCUGGUUUGCUCGAUCCUGUUUCCAAAGCCGACGGAUUUCCGCCUGUACAAGGACGCCUGCAGGUUCCUCCUCUGCCUGGUGGGGGUGGCCGGGAUUGGGAUGUUGUAUUCUGUGAUCCGCAGCGUCCAGCAGGGGGAGCAAGCAGGCCGCAUCAUACUGGAAUCCCUUGACAUUUUAACCAUCACAGUGCCGCCAGCCUUGCCUGCGGCCAUGACAGCUGGGGUGGUGUAUGCCCAGCGGCGCCUGCGCGGGAAACAGAUCUUCUCUAUCAGCCCUCAGCGCAUCAACAUUUGUGGCCAGCUGAACCUGAUGUGCUUCGAUAAGACGGGGACCCUGACUGAGGACGGGCUGGACCUCUGGGGUUUUGUACAAGCACAGAAUGGCAGCUUCCUCCCAGCUGGGCAGGACGUCCGUGCCCCUGGUCUGUCCGGCUCCCCCUUGGUUGCUGCCAUGGCUGCCUGCCAUUCUCUCACCACCAUUGGAGGGCGCCUCUCAGGGGAUCCCCUCGAUCUCAAGAUGUUUGAGGCCACCGGAUGGGUGUUGGAAGAGCCCACUCAGGAAGAAACAGCUCUGCAUGACCAAAUCCAGCCCACGGUUGUCCAUCCUCCAGACCAGAUCCCUCCUGAGAUCCCACAGGGAGCAUCUGAGGACGAGGAGCUCAUGGAGUUGAUGAAACUCUACCAGAUCGGCAUCCUGAUGCAGUUCCCCUUCUCCUCAAGCUUGCAGCGCAUGACGGUGGUGACGCGCACCCUGGGUGAGAAGAAGCUGGUCGCCUACAUGAAGGGGGCCCCAGAGACGGUGGGCAGCCUCUGCCGCAAGGAGACGGUUCCAGGCAAUUUCUCUGCUGUGCUGGAGUCGUACACCCGCCGAGGGCUGCGGGUCAUUGCCUUGGCGUGCCGGCGGCUGGAGAACAAGUACACGUGGCACAAGGUCCAGCACGUCAGCAGAGAUGCCAUUGAGUGCCACAUGGAGUUCUUGGGGCUCGUCAUGCUGCAGAACAAGCUGAAGGCGGAGACGGUGCCUGUGCUGGAGGAGCUGCGCAGGGCGUGCAUUCGCCUGGUCAUGGUGACAGGAGACAACCUGCUGACUGCCAUCUCGGUGGGCCGGGAGUGCGGCAUCAUCCCAGCCAAGGGGAAGGUGAUUCUGACCGAAGCCCUGCCCCCCCGGGACGGGCAGCCAGCCACCAUCAACUGGCAGUAUGCGGAUGAGUUGCCUGCGGCCGAAAUCAAAAUCAUGCUGGAUGAGGAGGAACCGCCCCCGGGGGCCCCCCAGCCAAGCAUCUCAGAGACCAGUUAUCACUUUGCAAUCGGUGGGAAGUCCUUUGCGGUCAUCUUGGAUCACUUCCCUGAUCUGUUAUCAAAGCUGCUGCUCUGUGGCACUGUGUACGCCCGCAUGGCUCCUGACCAGAAGACGCAGCUGAUCGAGGCCCUGCAGCAGAUGGACUACUAUGUGGGCAUGUGUGGGGAUGGAGCCAACGACUGUGGGGCUCUGAAACGGGCUCAUGCCGGCAUCUCCCUCUCGGAGCUGGAGGCAUCUGUGGCUUCUCCCUUCACCUCCAAGACUCCAGACAUCUCUUGCGUUCCAGACCUCAUCCGGGAAGGCCGCGCGGCCCUCGUGACCUCCUUCUGUGUCUUCAAGUUCAUGGCCCUCUACAGCAUCAUCCAGUACCUCAGCGUGCUGCUUCUUUACUCCAUUCUCAGCAACCUGGGGGACGUGCAGUACCUCUUCAUUGACGUGGCCAUCAUCCUGUCUCUGGCCUUCACCAUGAGUCUGAACAGUGCCUGGCCUGAACUGGUCCCCCAGCGGCCGCCGACUGGCCUGGUGUCUCCCCAGCUGCUGCUUUCCGUGCUCACCCAGAUCCUUCUGUCGCUGGGCUUCCAGGUGGGCUCCUUCCUCCUCGUCCAGGGGCAGCCAUGGUACCGCCACAAGGAGGACGAGCACUGCGGCCUCGUGGCCAACCUCACGCUGGAUUCCAACAGGACGUCCCCAGGGAAUGUCACGGCAGGGCCGGAGCCCGAGGAGGAUGCCUCCGUGCGCAGCUUUGAGAACACCACCCUCUUCUACGUCUCCUGCUUCCAGUACGUGGCGGUAGCUCUGGCCUUCGCCAAGGGGCGGCCUUUCCGGCAGCCCACUCAUGCCAACGGCCUUUUCCUCGCUUCCCUGGUGACCAUUUCUGGCUUCUUGCUGCUGCUGCUGCUGUGGCCGAUCCCCGCCCUGGAUGAGUUCUUGGAGCUGGACUGCAUCCCGUACGAGUGGAGACUCAUCCUGCUGGCUCUGACGUUGAGCAACCUGGCCCUGUCCCUCUCCCUGGAGAACUUCGUCUGCGACUGCAACAUCCUCUGGCAGAGGGUCUGCUACACGCAGCGGAAGUACGAGUACCCGAACCAGGCCGCUUACCCCCAGCUGGAGCUGGAUGAGGUGGCCCCCGCCUACUCCUGCCGCCAGCAUGCCUCCCCCCGGGCCAAGUACAAGCGCCUCGCCCAGGAGCUCCUCUUUGACCCCGACUGGCCUCCGCAGCCACAGACCAGCACCAAGGCCCAGCUGCCUCCUGCCGAGAGCUCCACCUAGGGACGGGCAGGGGCAGGCCUGGAAGUUGGAAUACCUGCUCUGCCUCUUAGCCAGGGCUGCAAUCAGGAAGCAAAGAGCAUUGUGGGACUUGUAGUUUAUAGGCCACCAGUGGUCCUGUAACACCACAGAACACCCCCUUUUUGUGCUCCGUCCAGCAGAGGGCAGCAGCGCCUCUCCCCUCCUGCCACCAUUAUGCUUCCCCGGGGCCUCUCAUGGUACCAAUUAUGAGUUUGUAUUAAUUAUUACCGCGUGAAGAGAGUCAAUGUAUUAAAUUCCAAUUUGCUGAGCA